UGUAACACAUAACAUUCCUGUGGGGUUUCGAGUUGUGCCCGUGCGACAUGUGUAUGUCAAAACCUAAUUCGUUAGCUCGUUUAAACUUGGUGUGUGUUGUAGAAGGCAAACUUCCUUGAAACCCUUGUAUUUGCCUUUGAAUCAUGAGUGGCUCAAAGCCAGACAUCCUGUGGUCUCCCCACCACCCAGACCGCUACGUCAUCUGUGACUCUGAAUUGGGGCUAUACCGUAUCGGACCUGUGGGUGGUGCAGAAACUAAGCCUGGCACUCUCUCGCUCUCUGAAGAAACAACUGCUACUUUACUAGCCAUUAAUUCUGACACUCCUUACAUGAAAUGUGUGGCCUGGUACCCAAAGCAUGAGCCUGAGUGUUUACUCGCUGUGGGGCAAGCAAAUGGCAGAGUUGUGCUCACCAGCUUGGGCCAGAGCCACAACUCCACAUGCAAAGAACUGAUGGGGAAAGAGUUUGUUCCAAAACACGCCCGUCAGUGCAAUACUUUGGCCUGGAACCCUGUGGACAGCAACUUACUGGCUGCUGGGCUGGACAAGCACAGAGCAGAUUUCUCUGUCCUUAUAUGGGACAUUAGCAGUAAGUUUGCCCCAGAGACCAGCGUAGCAGCUGAGAAAAUUCGUCUUUCAUCGGUGGAUUUGGACUCAAGCACCGUAGUGACCAAGCCAUUGUAUGAGUUAGGCCAGAACGAUGCUUGUCUGUCCCUCUGCUGGCUGCUACGUGACCCAAAGCUGCUGUUAGCUGGCAUGCACAGGAACCUCGCAAUAUUUGACCUAAGAAACACAAGCCAGAAAACAUUUGUCAACACCAAGGCCAUCCAAGGGGUGACAGUAGACCCACACUUCCCUGACCGUGUUGCCUCUUUCUUUGAGGGUCAGGUAGCCAUUUGGGACCUGAGGAAGUUUGAGAAGCCUGUGCUUACACUCACAGAGCAGCCCAAACCGCUCACUAAGGUGGCAUGGUGUCCAACUCGUACCGGCCUGCUGGCCACUCUGACACGCGACAGCAACAUCAUCCGUCUGUAUGACAUGCAACACGCUCCAACGCCCAUCGGUGAUGAGACGGAGCCCACCAUCAUUGAGCGAAGCGUGCAGCCCUGUGAAAGCCAGAUCGGCAGCUUUGCCUGGCACCCUUCCUCUCAGAACCGCAUGGUGGUGGUGUCCGCAGCGAACCGCGUCAUGACAGACUUCACAGUGUUUGAACGCAUCUCCCUGGCAUGGAGCUCCACCACCUCGCUCAUGUGGGCUUGCGGUAGACAUCUAUAUGACUGCGUUGAGGAUUCAGUUGAAGGGGCGGAGAGUAUGAUUGAGAAAGAUAUAGCCACUAAGAUGAGGCAAAGAGCUCAGUCCAGGUACGGACAUGAUACCGUCCAGGUUUGGAGGAAUCACCUGCUUGCGGGAGGGAAUGAUCCCCAGCUCAAGUCUUUAUGGUAUGAUCUCUUCUAUAUGAAGCAGAGUGCAGAAGACAUGGAGCUUAGGCUGCAGGGGAACAAACAGUCUUUGGUUUACUCUGGUAUCAAGAACAUUGUGAAGGCCAGCUCAGGCUCAACAGAAAGCAGGAGGUGCUGGAGCGGCUCGGAUCGGCAGACGGACGUCCCGCGGUACCACAGCGAGGAGCGAUGCCUCGCCCUGCGGCUGUGUGGCUGGAUCAGCCGGGGCCCCGACAUCGAUGUGGAGACCUUCUUGCGAUCACUGGAGCAGGAACAUGAGUGGGAACGGGCAGCCGCCAUCGCUCUGUUCAACCUGGACAUCCGCCGUGCGAUCCAGAUCCUCAACAAGGGAGCCACCACUGAGAAAGGUGACCUGAACCUGAAUGUGGUUGCCAUGGCUCUGUCAGGCUACACUGAUGAAAAGUCCUCCCUGUGGAGGGAGAUGUGCAGCUCUCUGAGGCUGCAGCUGAAGAACCCCUACCUCUGCAUCAUGUUUGCCUUUCUCACCAGUGAGCCUGGAGCCUACGAUGGUGUUCUGUAUGAAAGCAGCGUUGCUGUGCGAGACCGAGUGGCCUUUGCCUGUAUGUUUCUCAGCGAUUCUCAGCUCCCAAGAUACAUCGAAAAACUGACCCAUGAGAUGAAGGAUGUGGGAAACUUGGAGGGCAUCCUGUUGACAGGGCUGACUAAAGAUGGAGUAGAUCUUAUGGAGAGCUAUGUGGACCGAACUGGAGAUGUCCAGACUGCCAGUUUCUGCAUGCUAAAGGGUUCCCCAGGUGACGUGUUAAAAGACCCUCGAGUCCAAUGCUGGAUAGAAAACUACCGCAACCUGUUGGAUGCGUGGAGAUUCUGGCACAAACGGGCUGAGUUUGAUAUCCUUAGAGGGAAACUGGACCCCAGCUCCAAACCACUAGCACAGGUGUUUGUGAGCUGCAAUUUCUGUGGGAAGUCAAUCUCCUACAGCUGCUCGGCGAUGCCUCACCAGGGCCGAGGCUUCAGCCAGUAUGGUGUCAGCGGCUCACCCACCAAGUCAAAAGUCACUAGUUGCCCUGGCUGCAGGAAACCACUGCCACGCUGUGCCCUCUGCCUUAUGAAUAUGGGCACACCUGUUUCCAAUUGUGCAGGAACUGGAAAGUCAGAAGAGAAGGUGGACUUGACAAGGGAGAACAAACUUGCCAAGUUCAACAACUGGUUCACCUGGUGUCACAACUGUCGACAUGGUGGCCAUGCGGGCCACAUGCUGAGCUGGUUCAGAGACCACACAGAGUGCCCGGUGUCGGCGUGUACGUGUAAAUGCAUGCAGCUGGACACCACAGGAAACCUGGUUCCUUCAGACAGCAGCUAAACAGAAGAUACAUGUUGGAAACUGAAUCCAAACAUCAGCUUGAAUCGAACAAGUGAAGGUUCACUGCUGCUCCCGCCACAUCAACAACCGGCCCGGAGACAAAGGAUGCCAGCAGUGUCCCUCUGUGAAGGAGCUGCUUGACCAGAGAAAAAACACUGUUGAGUAAUAGCCUAGUAACAUCAGAGACCUAUAUUAAGAAGGGAAGCAGUUUGGGCUACUGAUCUAACUGAUUUAAUAACAGAAAGGGAGCAAAUGCUAAUUCACUGCUCUGUGAAUGAAAAUCACACUCAGGAGAAAUAUAAGAGGCUCUGCUGCGAUCAGCCUUUUCCAAUCUAACCUGAAUCAGGAUUGUGGUUUUAUAGUGAUCUGUUUUGAAAAAAAGUGAAUAAACUCAAAUGUCCACUCAUACUUCAGGUUAUAAAGGUGUGAUCACAGGUGCCAAUAUGUCUAGAGUCUAUUUUUGGCUUGUAUUUUAACAGCUAUUUAACAUUUGUGUUUGUUUAAUGAAAGGAUCUUCAUAUACCUCAUAAAAGCGUUGUUUGGGGUGAGAGACAGCACCCAGGGUGAUGACAGUGACAGUCUCUUGCUCUCUUCUUGUUUCUCUGUGCCAUCUGAUAUUGUGCAGUAGGGGCUUCUAAACCUGAAAGAGAGGGGGUGGGGGUUAGGCUGAGGAAUUAGAGAAGCUUGGGGUGGUGGGUAGGAGAAGGAAAGAGGAGGAGAGUAGGAGGGUGCUCCUGUAUUCACCAGCCCACUCCAGGCCUGUGGUCCUUGAAAGAAACUCCCCAGAAAACAGCAGCUGCUCGGCUCUCUGACAAGACCCUCCAGAUUGUUCCCCUCAUAAAGAACCUCAGCUGCCGGAACACUAUUGAUUCAAAGCGAGGGCAAGAGAAAAGACAGCCCAAACCCUGUACACUCCCCCCAGAUAUCCCCACAUAUACACACUGGCCCUCUCUUUCUUUAUCUCCCUGCUGAUGCCCAUAUUGCACCCAAAAACUAUGCAUACCACACAUCCAUCCAGCAAUUGACGCCAUGAGUUUUUUUUUUUUUUAGGGGGGGGGGCUGUGUGUAAUCCACAUUGUUAAUUGGUUUUCUCUUUCUCUGCCACCCUCUCCGCUCAGUCACUUACCCAGGGACACAUUGUAAGUGAGAGGCGGCCUGCACCAGAGCCGUCUAAAUCACUUAGUCAUGGAGUAGGGAGAAGGUGGGGAGCAGGAGCUACUGUAUGCAGCAUUCACCAGGCUCUCAACCCAGUGUGGGAGGUUUUAUAGGCCCACAUGUCCUUUUGUGAACCAUUUUGGAGUGUAGCUGACAAAUUGGCGAACCAUGUAGUGUCUCAAAAAACAAGAGUGGCUGGAAUUUCAUCCAUUCAGUGUCGUAUUUGCCUUUUAAAUAAAUCUCUACUGACAAAUUAGA